UUUACCCAAGUGCUUGUUUGUUGCGUCUUUUCAUAACGAAAGCCGGCAUUGCAAUGGAUAAACAACAAAACAGCAGAGUCAGGUCAAGGCGGCCGUGGGACACCUUCAGAAAAGUUCCAGUUUUUCAAGAUGAACAAAAACCGAAAACAGAAAUCAGGUGUUUGAAAUGGAUGUCGUGUAUCAUUGUUACCAUACUCAUCUUUGCUCUUGCCCUGCUCAGUAAAACAACAUUUCUGCUUUUAAUAACUUUUGGGAACAAAACAGCUACAUUCAUAGAGCACAAAGUGACUGCUCUUUUAGGCAUUGGCUUUGUUUUGGUCGCGCCAAAUGUUCUUCUCAUAAUUAAGAGCGUGUGGAAAAUCUUCUUCAAGCGUUCAGCUUUGCCCUCUAAAAAGACAGUUUUAUGGGUGCUUGGUGUCGAGUUCGUGGUAGCGUUAGGAUCUUCAGUCUUAGCCAUCGUGGCCAUGCCACACUUUGACAUUGUCACUAAUGUGAUGAUACUGAACAGUGUGAGCAUCCUGUCUGCAGUCUUCCAAGUGGUCGCUCAGUGCUUUAACGAAGGCAUGAAGCGCUUUAUAAUAAUACCAGCAUGCUCCAUUGUCUUCAUCGUCGUAGGUUACAUCCUUUUUGCAGUCAGUUAUCUUGCAUCAGAUGAAAGCUCUGUUGAGUUGAAAAUAUCAGUUGGGCUUGCCAUCGGGGGAACCAUCUUCGUUUCUCUGAACUGGUGGGAGAACUACAGUUCACUCUUUAAGGUCCCGUUUCUCAAAGCUGUUUCAAGAGAAAUGGAAAGAGAGAAAUUUCGUAACGUGGUCACCUUCUUCUCCAGUUUGAUAAGAAUUGUGGUUAUUGCAGCUGUGCUUGGAGCUUAUGUUCCUCUAUCAGGACAGGACUGGAAUUCAGCAGUGUUUUUCUUUAAAACACCCACAGUUGGAUUGCUGGUGGCGACCCAGAUUGCAUCCUCUGCCCUGUGCCAGUGGUUUGUGGUCGUGGCGUGUAAGAUGCAUUUCCUGCGGCGCAGCUUCGUCGUGCCCAUGUACCUUGUGUCAUUCGCAGUUUUGAUCAUAUUUUUUGUUCCAGUUGUUUUCAUGCCUAUGGGACUUGCAAAACCAAAUGCUACCUAUUGUGAAAAAGUUCAGUGGACUUCUGAUGACAAAUGGGUGAGCUUGAUGAUAUUGGACGUUGUAAGAACUGUGUGUACCCGGGACAUUGUGGUGAACAUGAAGAGAGACGGACUGGCAUGUAUGGGCAUCUCUGCUUUGUGCUGGUGGUUGGGACUCAUUCUCAGUACAAUUUAUGUGUGCUACCUAAAGAUCAACCGAAUAGAAAGGACAAGAGAUUUGUUUGUGAGACGCAUGUAUGAGGGAGCAUUUCUGGAGCAGUCCAUGUUGCUGAACACACGUUUUGAGGUCAGGAAAAAAAACAAGAGGAAACGAGCAAAUGAAACCAUCAAAGUGUUUCUGUGUGCAACGAUGUGGCAUGAGACCUAUGAUGAAAUGAUGAAGAUUAUCAUCUCUAUGUUCAGGCUCGAUAAAUACAGACCAAAGGCCUGCGCAAAUAAUGAUGUGGAGUUCGAAUUCCAUAUUUAUUUCGAUGACGCUUUUAAGGACAUUGAUAAUGGACGGCAACGACAUGUGAAUGAAUAUGCUGAAAUUCUUGUGGAAGUCAUGAAAGAAGUUUACACCAUUUUCUGCUCAGAAAAUCCGAGUAUAUUUAAGCAGCCACCACCCCUUCCAUCUCAGAGGAUCAUAAGCACUCCGUAUGGAGGUCGUCUGGAAUACACCCUCCCUAAAGGCAACCUGAUGAUGGUUCAUCUGAAAGACAAGACGAAGAUCCGUCACAAGAAGAGAUGGUCGCAGAUUAUGUACCUGUAUUACAUUCUUGGCUGGAGACUUACCAGACAGUACUUUAUGCAGUAUGAGGAAGGUGCUGAAUUAACUACCCUUAAAGAGAGAAUGAAGAGAGAAUCUCACAACACAUACAUCUUGGCCCUGGAUGGUGAUACUGAUUUCCAGCCAUCUGCCGUCAUGCUAUUAGUUGACAGAUUGAAACUCUACCCGGAGGUUGGUGCGGCCUGUGGCAGAAUUCACCCGACAGGCACAGGGCCCAUGGUGUGGUAUCAGAAGUUUGAAUACGCUGUCGGCCACUGGCUGCAAAAGUCUGCAGAGCACGUGCUCGGCUGCGUCCUGUGCAGUCCUGGAUGUUUCAGUCUUUUCAGAGGGGAGGCACUCAUGGACGACAACGUCAUGAAAAAAUACACAACUAAAGCCUCUGAGGCCAGCCACCACGUUCAAUAUGAUCAAGGUGAGGACCGCUGGUUGUGCACUCUGUUGCUCCAGCAGGGAUGGAGGGUGGAGUACAACGCGGCCUCUGAUGCCUACACAAACGCUCCACAGGAGUUUAAGGAGUUCUACAACCAGCGCAGACGAUGGGGACCCUCAACCAUGGCCAACACCAUUGACCUCUUGAGCUCAGGAGGGGUGACUUCAGAAAGAAACAACUCGAUCUCAAAACCUUACAUCAUUUAUCAGAUUAUUAGCAUGGCAGCUUCUGUUCUGGGCCCGGCCACUGUCUGUCUGAUGAUAGCAGGAAGUAUCAUGUUCAUCUUCAGAAUUAAUGCAAAUCUAGCCCUUUUUUUGGCUAUAGCUCCCCCUGCUGUCUUCCUGAUACUAUGCCUAAAACUAAAAUCUGACACUCAGAUUUCAAUUGCGGCAUUCAUGAGCGUAUCAUAUGCAUUUCUCAUGGCAGGAACAGUUCUCUCAAUCAUAGGUGAUUUAGUUAUUCAGAACACUUUUAUGACUCCCAGUGGUCUGAUCCUUAUUGGCAUGGUGCUGUUAUAUCUCACCACGGCUGCUCUGCACCCUCAGGAGUUCUCGUUGAUCAUCUACGGACUUUUAUAUUUCCUCUGCAUACCUAGCGCAUAUUUGCUUUUGGCCAUUUACUCCAUAGUCAACAUGAACAAUGUCUCGUGGGGUACUCGUGAAACCGGUGGCAAGGCCAAAAAUGCAGCAGUCAAUUCCAUUAGAAAGAAGGUCAGGGAGGCUUUAUCUUGUAAACGUUGUCCAUGCUUGGGAUCUUAUGAAGUUAUGAAAGAGAUACCAGCAGCGGAAACAACAAGAGUGACUAAAAACUCACAAGCUCAUCUGGAAAUAAAAAGCUCAGCUGAGUCUUCAUAUAGUUCCUAUCAAUCUUGGGUUGAACAUCUUCAGAUGAAAUCUCACGAAUUUCCUCUGCUGGAAUCUACACUGCCUGAGGAUGAAAUAAAUUUCUGGUUCCUGCUGCAGAAAAAGUAUCUGGAGCCUCUUAAAGAAAAUAAAGAAGAACAAGACAAAAUUGCUCACGAUCUGAGAGCAUUACGAAAUAAGGUGACAUUUGUAUUUUUCUUCUGCAAUGCACUUUGGUUAGUGGCAACAUUCAUCCUUCAAACUAUCGGUGACACAAUUUCCAUAAGGAUCCCAAAGAUCUAUCCGAAUGGGACUCAGUCCAAGACAGAAAUGUUUUAUCUUGAUCCUAUUGGACUGAUGUUUCUACUGGGCUUCACAUUGUUGUUGCUGAUACAGUUUUUGGCAAUGCUUUACCACAGAAUCUAUACAUUAAUCCAUUUUGUGGCGUAUGCUGAUACAGAAACCAAGGCUUUUCAAAAGAUGUCAUCUCAGAUGUCACCGAUUCUGGACCCAGACCACCUGCAUGAAAACGAUGAGUCUGACACAGCCUCGUACAUGCAGAACCCAUCUUCCCUGGAAGAGACAGGUCUUGGGUCAGCCGUGGUAUAAGAUCCUUUGACUGAAAGUGUCAAUAGUUCUCAAUUAAAGUGGAUUGUUAUAUAGUCCUUGUACUUUGUGUUGAUAUAUUUAUCUCUAUAUAUUGUUAAUUAAAACUCUUUGCUGUCCUUUAUUCAUAUUUUCUCUCAAAGGACAACAUUGUAUACUUGAAUAUUACAAUAUUUGCUAAUAUAAGGUACUGUACUUAAUGUUUAUAUGUAAUAAUGUUUGUGGCUAAAUUUUAUUUCUGCUGUCAGUGUCCAAGAUGACAGAUGAACAAUAGGGCAUGUGCAUAUCUAAUAUUGAAAAAAACAACACAAUCAUUAACAGUGUUGAUCUUGACUUUUAAUCUGACCCAGUGCAUGGUUUUCAACAAACUUGCACGUCAGUUCUGGAUAUACAGCAGAUAAUUUUCUUAUGUAUUGUGACUGACUUGUGAAUCAAAGGUGAAUCAACUUGUUCACUUAUAGGAGCUAUAGUCAUAUGAUCUCAAAAGCCAUUGGAUGGCGCCAGGCCCUCAACCUCAAAAACAAAGUUAUGCAAGUUAUGGCUUUCUAACUUUUCAACAGCACAUUUCCAUGCAUCUAUUUUUAAGUUUUUGUACUCCAUAUAUAUAUAUAUAUGAGGGAAUUCUCAAACCUUUCCAGUUAGUGGAUGAACGCUGACUGGAAUCUUUGGCACAUGUGCAAGAAAUGCUCUUUACAAGAAAUGAAGUUUCCACUGUUGUGAUGAAUUCCUAAUCCACUGAGUCAUCCCCCAAAAAA